AUCAUAGGCAAUUUUGAAUCAACAAGAUCGUCUAACUUUGGGUGGCCCAAAAUCAAAGGAUGUCGCUGGCACGUUAGAGCACGAGAGUGUCACGCCUCGCGCAAAUAAAUGCCUGCACAGUUUCGAGAAGCAGUGAACUUGACAGCUCUGCUCUCCUCUGAUGUGCUUCACGGAUCAGAGGGAUUCCGCGGAGACCACAGGAUGGCAGGGGUCAUCGGGGGCCAGCUGCGCACUUUAAAAGCGCCGUCCACAGCCCGGACCUCAGACGAGCCGAGAGGAGGAAUCGGACGCUACAGAUCGGUACCAGAUCGAAAACUUUAUUGAUUCGCGAUGGAAACCCUGCCAAUCGUAUUGCUCGCCGUCUUGACGGUUUCCUUGAUGCGCGCUGGCUGCGUGAAGAUCGAUAAUCGCGGCGCACUCGCGGGAGAACGCCGUAAAGUCUUCGCAGGUUCACAUCCCGACUUCAGUCUCCAGUCGUAUCCAAGGUACCCUCUCUACAUGAUGCAGUUAUACAGAGACCUGGCAACUACUCCAGCCGGUGUAGACAACCCAACUCUUCACCAGUCUGACUUCGUCCUGAGCCUGGUCGCACAAGACUGUCAUCAAGUCGGUGAGCGGUGGUCCGUCACUUUCGACAUGUCCUCCCUCUCGGCGCGUGACAGCGUUCAGCUCUCGGAGCUCCGCGUCCGUCUUCCGGCGUUUUCCGCGUCCGGGCGCGUUACUGUGGACGUCUUCCACUUACGUAAACAGGGCUGCUCUGACUCUGCGACUGAUUUUUGUCAAAAUAAGCGACUUCUUAUAGGCAGCAUCAAGUCGGCUCCCGACACUUCAGCGUCGCCCUGGAGAGUUUUCAAUGUCACGGAGUUAUUAGAGCGCUGGUUGAAUCAAAGAGCCGAAGAGAUCCUGACGACUGAUGCCGGAGAGGACGCCGGAAGCGGGGAAGGCUUACCUGGACCCGCUGCAGAUAGCUGGCGAAGAAAAAUCCAGCAUCCCACAGCGGAACGGGUCGUGAUUGUAGUUUUCUACAAAAACAAACCUUCCCACAGCGGCCAAGCCUCCAGCUUGAUCGAUACAGCGACGCGCUCCAAACACGUCGUCCUGAACCGGGCGCCGGACGCGGCGCAGGCUCGCCGCCACAAGAGGAACCGCGUCGAACGGAUGCGCGCCGCGGAUGACGGGAACGCGACGCGAGCAGUGACGCCUCUAGAGCCGCGUUGCCGUCGAGUCGAUAUGUGGGUGGAUUUCGAUCAGAUUGGAUGGGAUGAAUGGAUCGUGCACCCUAAGCGUUAUAAUGCGUACCGCUGCGAAGGAGAGUGCCCGAGUCCGCUGGACGAGUCUUACAACCCAACAAACCACGCGUAUAUGCAGAGUUUGCUGAAGCUGUACCACCCGGAGCGCGUUACCUGUCCGUCGUGUGUCCCCACGCGCCUCAGCUCGCUCUCCAUGCUGUACUACGAAGGAGACGGCGUGGUCAUGCGCCACCACGAGGACAUGAUCGUGGAGGAGUGCGGCUGCCAGUGAGAGCUUUUAGUGUUUCAGCGGGCGACUCUGAUAAGCCUUCAAAGGUUUAAUAACAUUCCAUGCCAUUAUUCUGAACUAAAGAACGUAUUUUUGGACAGUCUUUCCAAUGAGAACCGCUGAAAUGCUGCGCAAAACGAUAUUUAAUAUUUAAAAGACAUUUUAAGGAGUGUUUAUUUUUAUGUACAUAGGGUAUGCAUAGAUUUCAUUUAAGGAAAUGUAUAUGUAUUGCGAUAAAAUGUGAUGUUUUUUUUUUUUUCUUUUUAUCAGCAGGCUUGAUAAGUUUUUAUAUAUAUAAAAAAAGUAAAAUAACUAAUAAAGCAAAACAUUUUUUAUUUGGUUGACUUUGUACUUUGUAGGCGUCAGCAUUUUUUAUAUAUUACUACAUUAUUAUUAUUUGUAUAUCGUUUUGCUUAUUGUUUUUCAAAUCUAAAAUGUUUUAAAAUGUAAAAGGAAGUUGUUAAAUUAUUAAAGAAUUUGC